AUUGAUAUCUGAUCUGAGAGAGUGUUUGAAAAGAAUGGAAUUGUCAGAUGAAGAUCUAAUUUACCUUGAUGAACUUAAAAGAUGCUUUGAAGCUGAAAACCUUUCAAAAGUGAAUGAGAGCCAGAUUCAAAAAUUAGAUCAGCUUAUUGAUAAAUACCUGACAGAGGAAGGCAGUCAGGCACUACAUCUCACUUUAAAACUUCUGCAGUUGUUAUCACAGUGUGAAAAAUUGUUUUCAUCAUCCAAAGGGCUACAGGAGACUGUAAAAAAGGCCUGUGGGAGUUUCCCAAGCAUUCCAUCUCUAACUCAAGUUAAGUGCAUCAAAUUGUUUUGCAGUGCUAUCAGCCAUCAGUCUGGUCACUCCUCCUUGCUUGGUGACAGUCACCCCACACCUCUUCCUGCUGUGACAAUCAAUUGUCUCAGCAAAGAUUUGGAACUCCAAACUGUCGGAGCUGCUUUGGUUUCCAAUAUCGCAAGACUAAAGAUACACAAAGACAUUGAGUGUUCUACAGCCAUCAUUGAACUUUUAAACAGAAAUGUUUCUCCAGAGACAGUGAGUCAUACAUUACCUGCCAGUGGAAUUCAUCUGCGUCCUACACUAGAUUCCAGUGCUGGCCACAAGUCAUUGAAGCAUAAUUCAAGUGCUGGACCAGAUGCAUUAUACCAUCCUCCUUCAGACUACAUGGAGCUGGACAACAAAGCAGAAGUAAACAGCCUAUCAUCCAUGAACACCCCUGGUCUGUCAGGUCCAAUUGACAACAGUAGUGCUGCUGUGGAGGCCAGAUCACCAUUGAUACCUCCUCCUCCUCCAUCGUUUUCUGCGUUAGGAAAAAGUGAAAAGAAGAAGACCAAGAGUCCUGGUAAUGAGGUAGAACCAAACGGUCAGAUAUUAACAGAAGAUUCUCCUGAUGUGAGUCACUUGUAAAUUACAGGAAAGAAGAAUCACUGAGAUGGAAGCUGUUAGCCUGGAAAGAUGAAUACACAGUGAAAGAAUGACAAAUUAAGCCCUCAAUCAAAUGCAUUCUAGCAUUUCCAUUGCUUGCUAAUUAUUGCUUAUUUUGAUGGAAGAUCUCAAAUUAUUGGUCACAUGACUGAAAUACUGUUUUGUAAUAACAGAAUAGUUGUGUGGAUAGCUCAAAAAUAUUUAAUUGAGGGAAGGUUUUUCAGGGCUGAAAUAAUCAGACUGAUUUAUUUGGUAAACAGAAAAAUUAUGCAGACAUAUGGAGGCUACUGAGCCUAAUAACUGAGUUAACAUUUCUGUUCUGAAAAUCUAGCCAUCAAUUCUCUGCGCUCUCUGUUUUAUAGUAUAUAUUUUGUAUGACUUAGCUCUGAGAGUUUGAUGUUAACCCUUUAACCCCUAAGAGUGACCAGCAUCUAAUUUCUCCUUACAAUAUCACCACUGAAUCACACAUUCACAUCAUGAGAAUACAGGAAAUGAUCACCAACUCUUGAUUGUCAGACAAAUUCUCCUUUUCGGCACCUUAGUAAAUAUACAGAGAACAGUAGGGAGAAUAUAAAUACUGAUGUUAGGGUGUAAAGGGUUAAAUCAAGCAAUAUCCAUUUGUUUAUAUUUUACUGCUCAUCAUCUUUUUGCUUAAAAAUGUUUUGGUAUUGUAAAGAGGAUUUCCUUUUUGGUCACUCUUGAAAGAAAUGGUUCAAUUUGCAAAGAAGCAGUGUUUUCAUUUGGCCUGAAAAAUAAUUAUGACAAGCACUUGCUUAGCAUCCUUUUAGUUCUUUCAAAAGUUUUAAGUGAACAGUUUGAUGUACUUAAAUUAUGAUCUCAUAUUUAAUUUGUAGGUUUAUUGAUCAUGUACAAAUCUGUUAGCCUUAUGGAUGAAAAUAUUUUAUGGAGAUCUGAUAUAUCAUAGCUGAAAAUGCCUAAAUUAUUUUUGUGAGCUGUAAAUUGCGAAGAAAAGAAUGAACAAAUUGAUGCUGAAGUUAGCGAUAGAGGGUAACUGGACAAAACUUUAUGAAACACAUGCUAUGAUGUUCAAUUGAUUUCCAAUGGAAAUUAUUGCAGAUUGUAUUUGAUUGUAUUUACAAUAAUCAAUGCUACAUAGUAAAAGUAU